ACUCUUGUUUCCCUCCUUGACAACCCUGGCGGGGGUGCGCUCGCUGAGGCCCUGGCUCCGGCCCCCGCGGGAGCAGCACCCCGUGGGGAAAGACAUUUUCUGCUCCCACCAAGCUGGCUGGGCCUGCUUCCUGAAUCUCCUGGGUGUGUCUUAAUUACCAGUCCCAGCACCUCCUGAAAGCCCCACUCUCUCCUCCUGGUCACAGAGGAAGGAUCAUGGGAGAAACAGAAGGGAAGAAAGAUGAGGCUGAUUAUAAACGACUGCAGACCUUUCCUCUGGUCAGGCACUCGGACAUGCCAGAGGAGAUGCGAGUGGAGACCAUGGAGCUGUGUGUUACGGCCUGUGAGAAAUUCUCCAACAAUAACGAGAGCGCCGCCAAGAUGAUCAAAGAGACCAUGGACAAGAAGUUCGGCUCCUCCUGGCACGUGGUGGUCGGCGAAGGCUUCGGCUUUGAGGUCACACAUGAGGUGAAGAGCCUCCUCUACCUGUAUUUUGGAGGGACCCUGGCUGUGUGUGUCUGGAAGUGCUCCUGACAGUCCCCCACCCCUGCCCCCGCCCCCCGCAGGCCUUUUCCCGCUGUUCCUCUGGGAUGCGGAGCAGCCCCAGGCAGCUCCUGACUUUCCAAAGGAAAGCGGGCUCUCUUCUCUUGUCCUGGGUACCGUUUCCUGAGC